CCCCCAGGAAGGGGCGGGGGAGGCCGUGGCCGGGGGGUGCGUGUCACGUGCAGGGGGGGUCACAGCUCCGCCAUGGCCGUGCUGGGGUACUGGGACGUCCGUGGGCUGGCCCACGCCAUUCGCCUGCUGCUGGAGUACACAGAGACCCCCUACGAGGAGAAGGUCUACAGGUGUGGGGAAGCCCCCGACUACGACCGGAGCCAAUGGCUCAAGGAGAAGGAGAAGCUGGGGCUGGACUUCCCCAACCUGCCCUACUUCAUCGAUGGCAACGUCAAACUGACCCAGAGCAAUGCCAUCCUGCGCCACAUCGCCCGCAGGCACAACCUGUGUGGCGAGACAGAGGAGGAGCAGCUGCGGGUGGACCUGCUGGAGAACCAAGUGAUGGACUUCCGCCUCAGCCUGGUGCUCAUCUGCUACAGCCCCGACUUCGAGAAGCUCAGGCCUGGCUACCUGGAGCAGCUGCCAGGGAAGCUGAAGCUCUUCUCUGACUUCCUGGGGAGCAGAAAGUGGUUUGCAGGGGAGAAGCUCACCUUCGUGGACUUCCUGAUGUUCGAUGUGCUGGACCAGAACAGGAUCUUCGAGCCCAAGUGCCUGGAGCCCUUCAGCAACCUCAAGGACUUCAUGGAGCGCUUUGGGGCCCUGGAGAAGGUGGCAGCCUACAUGAAGUCCAGCACCUUCCAGAAGAUGCCAAUCAACAACAGGGCAGCCAAGUGGGGCAACAAGAAGGAGUAGGGGGAGGUCACUGCGGGGUGAGGGGGUCUGGGGGAGUGUGGGGGUCCUGACCUGACCCCCCCAGGCACCCUCUGUGGUGCUCUGUGGUGGGGUGGGCACUGCUGGCAUGAAGCCCCUCAAGGCAAUAAAGUUCUUUAGGUGUA